UAACAUUGAAGAUGGCGAAGCAAUACAACUGGCUACUAAUUUCCUUGGCCACUCUGCUCCUUUUAGUGAGUAUCGAGGCAGAGGAACCUGAAGAAAAGUUGGCAAUUCCUACGCAAUUUCCAUAUCAAGUAUUCAUUGAUGUUGCUCCCAAAUCCGAUAAUUCCAAAUGGGUGCCCAAGUGCAGCGGUACCAUUAUCUCGAAGAGUGCUAUAGUGACAACUGCUUCUUGCUUGGACACCGAAUUCGAUUUGGCACAAAUUUACUUUGGAGCCGUGAACAUUUCAAAUGCAUUCGAAAUUGGACAAACUCGUAUGGAAGUAGAAAGGAAAUAUUUCGAGGUGCAUGAAGGAUAUAAUCCUGUUACUCUCAGUAACAAUAUAGCAAUAAUCAAACUACCCUUCGAAUUGGAGUUCAAUGAAUACGUUCAAGCUGUUUCGCUACCCAGCAAGUCAGACCCAAAUCACUAUGUUGGUGAGGAGAUGAUCAUUGCUGGUUGGCAUCAAAUUGCUACCAAGCAAAAACUCUCAGUUUGGGCGGUCCUAAAAUUUGUGGCGAAAGUAGUUGUGGUAGACUUGAUUGUUGAAGCGGUUAAGUGGGUAGGAAACAAAGUAAUCGAACUCUUAGCAGAUGAAGGAAGUCCGAUAACUAUGCGUAAGGAUAAUGUAAAUGUCGCUGUCGGAAUGUAUAGUAACAGCAAUGCAAAGUCAAAACUUUCGCACUUUGUUAAUUUUAUCAAAUUUUUGUCAUGGAUUAAGAAAAGAGUCUCAGAUGUCCGUAUCCAAUGAAUAAAACUCGAUAUUUGAUAAAUAAAUUAUGAUUGGCAUUAAUAAAAUGAAUUGCUAUUUUAAUCGAAG